GAGAGACAGAGGGUGAGCUGGCACCGAGGAGGCAGCGGAGGUGGCGUCGUCGUUUAAGCCCCGCUCGUUACGGGAAAGGAAAAAGGAUGAGCUUGGAUAAAGCUGAGCUCUGCGAUAGCCUCUUACUAUGGCUCCAGACAUUUCACGUUCCAUCACCCUGCACUACCAAAGAGCAGCUGACCAGCGGAGUUGCAAUUGCUCAAGUCCUUAAUCAUAUUGAUCCUUCCUGGUUUAAUGAGACCUGGUUAGGGCGUAUAAAGGAAGAUAUCAGUGACUGGCGGCUGAAGGUGAGCAACCUGAAGAAAAUCCUUCAGAGCAUGAUGGAAUAUUAUCAUGAUGUUCUGGGUCACCAGAUUUCAGAGUACAAUCUGCCAGAGGUCAAUCUGAUAGGAGAGCACUCUGAUGCAGCAGAGCUUGGGCGAAUGUUGCAGCUUGUACUUGGCUGUGCCAUCAGUUGUGAGAAGAAGCAAGAAUACAUCCAGCAUAUCAUGACCCUGGAGGAGUCUGUUCAACAUGUUGUCAUGACGGCCAUUCAGGAGUUGUUGACCAGAGACCCUUGUGAAUCUGUGCACAGCAGCAGCUACACUGACUUGGAUUACCAGUUGAAGAGAUUCACUUUGUGUGACGAGGUGGAUUCGAAGGAUGAGCUCUCUCAGCGCUGUCAUGAAUUGGAUCUCCAGAUUGCGACUCUUCUGGAUGAAAAGAACAGCUUGAUGGCUGAGAACAAAGUGCUACGUGAACGGAUGACCCGCUCUGAUUCCUUUGAGGAAUCCACCAGUGUCACCAACAAAAAACUCCUUUUACUACAGAGCCAGUUGGAGCAGCUACAGGAGGAAAACUUCAGAUUGGAAGGAAUGAAGGAUGAUUUUCGUAUUCGAUGUGAGGAGAUGGAAAAGGAGAUGUAUGAUCUGCAGCGCAGGAAUGAUGAGCUCACGAGCCUGGCUGAGGAGUCCCAGUCUCUCAAAGAUGAAAUGGAUGUUUUGAGGCAUUCUUCGGACAAAGUCAGUAAGCUGGAGGCUACCGUGGAGGCUUACAAGAGGAAGCUUGAGGAUUUGGGAGAUCUGCGUCGACAAGUGAAACUCCUGGAGGAGAGGAACACUGUGUAUAUGCAGAAGACGUUUGACCUGGAGGAAGAAUUGAAAAAAGCAAACUCAGUACGUAGUCAGCUGGAGGCUUACAAAAGACAGGUUCAUGAGCUUCACAACAAACAGACAGAAGAGUCGAUGAAAACAGAGAAAUGGCAGUUUGAGUUCAAGCACUUACAGGAGAAACAUGAUGCGCUGCUGAAAGAAAAAGAGAGGCUGAUAGUAGAACGAGAUGCCCUCAGGGAAAACAACGAAGAGCUGAGGUGUGCACAAGUGCAGCAGAAGUUCCUGAACAAAGCAGAUACAGCCCUUGAUCAAGAUCUGUCAGUAGGGAACCUUGCAGCUGAGAUGGUUCCUGCAGAGCUCCAGGAAAAGAUCAUGCAGCUGCAAAGUGAGAAUAAGCUGCUACGUGUACAACAAGAGGAGACGUACAACAACCGGUUGACAGAGUUCCAGAGUAUGCUAGAUGAUGCCAACAGGAGCAAAAACAAGCUAGAGAAUGAAAACAGGUUGAAUCAACAGCAGAUCACUGAGUUACGGUCACAAGUGGAACAACUCCAAAGGGCUUUACAGGAGCAGGGAAGCAAGGCUGAAGAUUCUAAUCUUCUGAAACGGAAGCUGGAUGAACACUUAGAGAAGCUUCAUGAAGCCCACACAGAGCUACAGAAAAAGAGAGAGUACAUUGAUGAUCUGGAACCAACUGUUGAUAGCCACACCGCCCGAAAGAUUGACGAACUUCAAGAAGUUUUGAAGAAAAAAGAUGAAGACAUGAAGGCCAUGGAAGAAAGAUACAAGAGGUAUCUAGAGAAGGCAAGAACGGUAAUUCAGACCCUCGACCCGAAACAAACACCAACAACCGCUCCUGAGGUUCAAGCCCUGAAAAACCAGCUGCAUGAGAAAGAAGCUAAGAUUCAGCUGUUAGAGAAUGACUUUGAAAAAAACAAGUCCCAGAGAGAGCAAGAAGAGAAAUUGAUCAUCAGUGCCUGGUACAACAUGGGCAUGGCUCUUCACCAGAAGGUAACAGAGGAAAGGUCUCGGGGCCACGGUCAAGCCCAGUCAUUCCUGGCCCAGCAGAGACAGGCAACGAACGCACGUCGGGUACAUCCAAAUCGGCUGCACCAAUCUGUGACGAGAUAACCUACCAACCCUGCCCUGCAAGCUUCAAGAGCAAUUACAGUACCUCAACACCAUUACAGCCCAAAAAAAACAAGCAACAUCUGUCCUUUCCAAAUGGUUAUCUCGCAUUUAUUUUCUCGCUUGAGGUUUUUAAGUCACCUGGUAGAAUUUUUUUUAAAUAUGUCAGUGUCUUCUCCUCCUGACCAUUUUAAAAAUUAGUUGCAAGGUUUUGGUUUGGCAUUAGGACCUGUUCAUAAAACCAUCCCAAAUGUCGAUAAUCUCUGUGAGGAGAACUACAAAAGGGAUAGGAGGCUGACUGUGCAAGGGAAUCUGAAAAGCGUGCAGGGCCAUCCAUUACCCGGGAUCUGGGGAAUGAUUUGCUCUCUCCGCUGAGUUCUCACUCAUUUCUUCUGGCUGAGUGUUUUUUUUCUCCCUUUGUUUUAUCACCCACCUCCCCCUUUAUCCCUGCUCCCGUCAGCUCUCCCUGCUCACACAGGUUGUUUCAGUCUUAAAUCCAGGUAUAUCAAAGUUGACGAGAAGCUAUGGAGGUACUGUCUGCAAAUAGAGGUUAUGAUCUUCCCUCUGUGAUAAUACUAAUCCUCACCGGGCAAUAAUUUCUUAUGUUAUGUUUAUUUUUUUAAGAGCUGUCCUUCAAAUUGGGGUGUCCUUUGGGACAAGUGUCCUGAAUCCUAUUUAGUUACGAUAGUUGUAGAUCUGACUGACAAUACUAGGCUGCUGCAUUUUGGAACCUUACUGGCACGAUUUAUACCCAAGGUACUUGCACUUUAGCUAAUUGAUUCUGAUUAAUUUGAGUGGUGACAUGCAAGCUCAAGCUUGUGUUGAAAUGGAACAGUUUGUUUUGUCCAUCUCAAUGAAGGUAGUGGGACAUGGAUCCCCCGCGAUUGAUACAGUAUUCUCUGUCUCCUGUUGCUGGAAGAACUCAAUGCAGAUUUAGGUUUUGUUCUCUGUUUCUAGAUAACUUAGGACAGCUGAAUUUUACUCAGUUUAUGGCUAAUUAAAUUUUAUGAUUUUCUUGCUGAUCUUCAGCACUUUGGGAUAGUCCUGUGAAAGUGAUCAGAAAUCAUUAGAUAAACUGAAUUCUUCUUUAAGAAAAUACUUUAGUGUAUAUUUAAAUUGAAUGGAAUGUGUCGCUGUACGCAACACAGCGCGUAGAAAGGUAUUAUGGAGUCUAGAUUCUAUAAUUUUGUCCUACAUUUUGUUAAUUUAAAUAAAGUUUGUGUCCUUUA